CUUCAUGUAGUGAGCUUGUAGAUCAGAUGAGAUCGGGACGCGUACAGGAUCGCAGUUUGGCCGAACGCAUGAGCGAAUGAUCACGCGUGACCGCAGCGCGUCGCUUGCAUGCAGAUCAACGCCUUGAUCAUGGCAGAGCCGACGCGUGCGUGAGCCGAGCACUCACUCACCGCCUUCAAGCUGCUGCGCACUUACAGGAUUGAUCGGAUUGGUGUGCGAUCCAUCGAUCGAUGAAGAUCUGAAUCAUGUCAAGCGGACAGGACGAGAGCACAGUCCGGGUGGCGCUCAGGAUUCGUCCUCAGCUGGCAAAGGAAAAGAUUGAAGGAUGUCACAUCUGUACGUUUGUGACCCCUGGCGAACCCCAGUUGGUUCUGGGAAAGGACAAGGCCUUUACAUACGACUAUGUGUUUGACAUGGACUCGACGCAGGACACCAUCUAUGCCAACUGCACUGAGAAACUCAUCGAAGGAUGUUUUGAGGGUUAUAAUGCCACUAUAUUUGCCUACGGACAGACAGGGUCGGGGAAGACGUAUACAAUGGGCACGGGCUUUGACAUGGCCAUCCCAGACGAGGAGCUGGGCAUCAUCCCGCGGGCGGUCAGUCACCUCUAUAAAGGCAUCGAGCAGAGACGGCAGGAGGCCGCAGAUCAGGGUCGACCCGUCCCAGAGUUCAAGAUCAGCGCACAGUUUCUUGAGCUGUAUAAUGAGGAGGUGUUGGAUCUUUUUGACACCACACGUGAUAUGGAGAUGAGGAAGCAGAAAUCGCACAUUAAAAUCCACGAGGACGCCAGCGGCAGCAUCUACACUGUAGGCGUGACAACACGCACUGUCUCCUCAGAGCUAGAAAUGAUGCAGUGUCUACAGCUGGGCGCUCUCUCCCGCACCACUGCUAGCACUCAGAUGAAUGUACAGAGCUCUCGAUCUCACGCCAUCUUCACCAUUCACAUCUGCCAAGUGCGCGUUUGUGCUCCCGCUGAAAACCCGCCAGAGCAGGACGGUGAAACAGACAAUCGACUGGCCAACAGCUCGUCUGAGGUGGAGGAGUUUGAAACGCUCACAGCCAAGUUUCACUUUGUGGAUCUGGCUGGAUCAGAGAGACUGAAGAGGACGGGGGCCACGGGCGACCGAGCCAAAGAGGGCAUCUCCAUUAACUGUGGAUUGCUGGCAUUAGGUAAUGUCAUCAGUGCUUUAGGAGACCGAAGCAAACGAUCAACGCAUGUGCCUUACCGAGACUCCAAACUCACUCGCCUUCUGCAGGACUCACUGGGAGGAAACAGUCGAACAGUGAUGAUCGCCUGCACCAGCCCAUCAGAUCAGGACUUCAUGGAGACCUUGAACACACUGAAGUACGCUAACAGAGCACGCAACAUCAAGAACAAGGUAGUGGUGAACCAAGACAAGGCCAGCCAGCAGAUCAGUGCACUCAGGACGGAGAUCGCACGGCUGCAGGUGGAGCUCAUGGAGUAUAGAACGGGGAAGCGUAUGGUUGGAGAGGAUGGACUGGAAAGCAUCAACGACAUGUUCCAUGAGAACUCGAUGCUGCAGAUAGAGAACAAUAAUCUGCGCAUGCGCGUGAAGGCCAUGCAGGAAGCCAUCGAUGCUCAGGGCGCUCGGCUCACGCAGCUGCUCAGCGAACAGGCCUAUCAGGUGCUCUCCAGAGCAGGUGAAGGCAGUGAGGAGAUUGGAAAUAUGAUUCAGAAUUACAUCAAGGAGAUUGAGGACCUGAGAGCCAAACUUCUGGAGAGUGAAGCAGUGAAUGAAAACCUGAGGAGAAACCUCACGCGAGCGUCCAGCCGUCCUCCGUUUUACGGAUCGUCUGGAAGUUUUUCUCCGGCGCUGCUGGGGCCCGACCCGAGCCGAGAGACCUCCGACAUCAUUGAGAUCGCCAAGAAAGAUCUGGAGAAACUGAAGAGGAAGGAGAAGAAGAAAAAGAAGAGACUCCAGCAGCUGCUGAGUGACAAGAGAGAGGAGGAUGAGGAGGAAGAGGUGGAGGAAGACAGUGCCAACAAAGAUGAAGCACUUGACGGCGAACAGAAGAUUAACGAGAGAGAGCAUUUAGAAUCGACCAAUCAAGAGCCAGAGAUGGAGGCCAGUGACCGUGAGGAGGGAGAUGGAGAGGAAGACGAGGAGGACGUUGAGGAAGAGGAAAUGGAUGCAGAGGAGAGCUCUGAUGAGUCUGACUCUGACCUGGAUGAGAAGGAGGACUUCCAGGCAGAUCUGGCCAACAUCACGUGUGAGAUCGCCAUCAAGCAGAAGCUGAUCGAUGAGCUUGAGAACAGUCAGAGACGUCUGCACACGCUCAAACAACAGUAUGAGCAGAAACUCAUGAUGCUGCAGAGCAAAAUCAGAGACACGCAGCUGGAGCGAGACCGUGUCCUGCACAACAUGGGCUCUGUGGAGUCAUGCUCUGAGGACAAGACCAAACGGAUAAAAGCAGAGUACGAGAAGAAACUCGGUGUCAUGAACAAAGAGCUCCAGAAACUACAGGCGGCUCAGAAGGAACACGCUCGUCUACUGAAGAACCAGUCACAGUACGAGAAGCAACUGAAGAAACUACAGCUGGAUCUGGCGGAAAUGAAGAAAACCAAAGUGCGUCUGAUGAAGCAGAUGAAGGAGCAGCAGGAGAAGAGCAGGAUGGCCGAAUCCCGCAGGAACCGAGAAAUUGCCACACUUAAAAAGGACCAACGCAAACAGGAGCAUCAGCUAAAACUGCUUGAAGCUCAGAAGAGACAACAGGAACUUAUUCUGCGCAGGAAGACUGAGGAGGUGAGCGCUCUGAGGAGACAGGUGCGACCCAUGUCAGGAAAGGUCACACGAAAGGGGAAUCUGCCUGAGACAAGCCAGGACCUCUCUCACAGAGCAGGUCGCACAUACUCGGCCUCCGGAGCACCUAAUGGAACCAGGUUAUACCAUCGCAGGACGAUUGGGGUGUACUCUACCCGAUUGGCUCGUGGGAAAUGGCAGAGUCUGGAACGCCGUGUCUCCGAUAUUAUCAUGCAGCGCAUGACCAUUUCCAACAUGGAGACCGACAUGAAUCGUCUUCUAAAGCAACGUGAAGAGCUGACGCGCCGGCGGGAUAAGAUCAGCAGAAAGAGGGAGAGACUGCUGGCGGAGGAACCGGAGGUAGAAAAAGAUGUUCAGUCUCUGAAUGAGGAGCUGGAGUCUCUGCUGGCCAACAUUGACUACAUCAACGACAGCAUCUCUGACUGCCAGGCCAACAUCAUGCAGAUGGAGGAAGCCAAGUGCCUUUUUUCUGUUCCCCUGUUUGGCCGAUUUGAAACAGAACUAGGUAACAUGCCCUUGGAAAAUGGAGAUGAUAGUAGUAGUGACGAAUCGACCCCAAGUCCUGCAGUGGAAGGAAACACCCUGGCCUCAGACCUCAUGAAGUUAUGUGGCGAGACUAAAUCUAGGACUAAGGCCCGAAGAAGGACCACUACUCAGAUGGAGUUACUCUAUGUAAACAACUGUGAUUCUGGCCCGGACACACCAACAAGAGACUUCUCUGUCCCUCUACACCCAAUGGCGGAGACAUCCGAGGUAUCUGGAGACCUGGAGUCGGCUGGAAAUACAGUCAGGGAUCGGGACUACAUGCUCCCUCCUGCAGGCUUGUCCUCUAGAAUGGGUACCAUGUAUUUUUAUAAGCUGGCCCUGUUUCCUCUUUCAGACCGGACUUGUAAGGUGUGGAACCUGGUCACAGGACAGGAGAUCAUGUCUCUAGGCGGCCACCCCAACAACGUGGUAUCUGUGCGUUACAGCUCCAGUCUGGUGUUCACAGUCUCCACCUCCUACAUCAAAGUCUGGGAUAUCCGUGACUCUGCAAAGUGCAUCCGGACACUCACAUCGUCGGGUCUGGUGAACACUGGUGACACAUGUGCAGCCAGUACAAACCGCACCGUGACCAUCCCAGCCGGCGAGAACCAGGUCAACCAGAUCUUUCUGAACCCAUCCGGCACUGUUCUUUAUGCUGCCGCAGGCAACUCUGUUCGUGUGUGGGACCUGAAACGAUUUGUGUGUACAGGGAAACUGAUGGGUCAUCUGGGUCCGGUCAUGUGCUUGACUGUUGAUCAGACUGGAAAUGGACAGGAUCUAGUUAUCACUGGCUCUAAGGAUCACUACAUCAAGAUGUUUGAUGUGACAGAGGGUGCUGUGGGUAGUAUCAGCCCCACUCAUAACUUCGAGCCACCCCACUAUGAUGGCAUCGAGUCCCUGGUGGUUCAGGGAGAUUGUCUGUUUAGCGGCUCCAGAGACAACGGCAUUAAGAAAUGGGACCUGACCCGCAAGGACCUACUGCAGCAGGUACCCAACGCUCAUCGUGACUGGGUUUGUGCUCUGGGCGUCGUGCCGGCGUCUCCCAUCCUGCUGAGUGGCUGUAGAGGAGGAGUUCUCAAACUCUGGCACACAGACACCCUGAGUCCGCUGGGAGAACUCCGAGGCCACGAGAGCCCCAUCAACAGCAUCUCUACCAACAGCAGCCAUCUGUUUACCGCAUCAGAUGACCGCACAGUGAAGAUCUGGCGUGCGAGAGGAAGUCUGGAUGGAGCCGCAGAUGUGGCCGACGCGAUCGACGAGGCCGUCAGUAACUGAUGACUCAACUCAACUGCAGUGUUACCACGGUAACGCAGCUGCCAAAGACAUUUGCACUUUGACCCCACUAAUAAAACAUGGAUAUCCAGUUGACUCUUUGGCAUUCAACACACACAUCCCGGCAGAAUCUACUCGAAUCGGAAUCUUCUCACUAUGGUUCCUUUGGACGUUUCCGAGAGUUCACUGCGUCUUUAGUGAUGCCCCACAAUUAGGUGAAGUCAACUUCACUUGCUAAAUAAAGCUCCUUGUCCUUACAAUAACCAUGUCAGCUUGGUUAAUUCUAACAAUCAAGAAGAUGGCAGUGAAAACAGUCAUGUUGACGCGGAGUUCCGUUCAGUUCAGGAACCGGAUCUUCUGUAGCUGGCUUCAAUAUUCCAGUUCAAACAGAGUGUUAUGGAGCGCUAGAGUCUAAGGACUGACUGAGUGAAAUCUCACUAUAACAUAUCCAGGUCAUAGUUCAUCUCAAAAAAAAAAAAAAAAAAAA